AUGACACGAGCAGUCAGCCUAGUCAACCUAGCCAAACUCUCGCACCUCUCCACCCGCACCCGCUACCGCCUCCUCCUUACUUGUUUUGUCCUUACCACCGCCCACCUCCUCUUCUCUGCUUCCCUCAUCCGCUGGUCGUCCAACUUGUCAAAGCCGCCCCGUGCCUCCUCAGAUAACGCCUCCAAGUCUUCCAAUAAUGUUUCCAGCAAGGAACACAUCCCGCCAUACGGCGCCGAAGACGCCGGCCGGCCCGUCGUCCCCCAAGCAAAGCUCCUAAAGGAUUUUUUCACCUGGAACGAAGCGGGUAUUGCCUCCCUGUCUCCGCCUGUCUUCCUCCCUCCCACUCCUCCGUCCCCUCCAAUCACUGACCCCUUCCCCCUCCUCUCUUCCAACUUGCCGCCUCGCAAACUGAGAAGGCUGCUACAGCCACCCGAGAUCAACCGCCCCUCGCAUUUCCGCCACCUCCACCCUUCUCACUCCUCCCAGGGACUUACCCAGCAGCCGUCGAGGUCUUACUUCUCCCGCUUCGGCAGCAAGUCUUUCGGCCGCCGCCCCGACCCUCCCACCUCCUCCCCUUACCACUCCAGCCUCAACCCGACCGGCAUGGCACCGCUGCUGAUCGGGUUCACCCGCAACUGGCCACUCCUAUUGCAAUGUGUGUCCAGUUACAUUGCAGCAGGCUGGCCGGCGGAAGAGAUUUAUGUCGUCGAGAAUACGGGGACGAUGGAUGCGAAUGAGCGGGAGUUGUUGGGGUUGCAGAAUCCGUUUUUUAUGAACCGGACGCAGUUGGGGAUGCUUGGAGUGAACGUUGUUUCCACUCCGACGCUCUUGACGUUUUCGCAGUUGCAGAACUUCUUUGCUUGGACUGCCCUCCAACGCGGCUGGACCGAAUACUUCUGGUCACAUCAAGACCUGAUCGUCUUCUCUUACGAACACCGACACCCAUCGUAUUCCCCAGCUGCCGCUGCCCGAGCCAAGUCGCAGUCCAAGUCCGACAACUUCCUCCACGACGACGAGCCCGAAGAAUACCGCUCUCUUUACGCCAAUGCCCUCCAUACCCUCAACCAAUGCCGCGACCUUUCCCAUCCCAAGUGGGCCCACCACUUCUUCUCCUAUGACCACCUCACCCUCGUCCACCGGGAUGCCAUCCUCUCCGUGGGCGGCUGGGACACGCACAUUCCCUUCUACGGUACCGACUGCGACAUGUACACCCGAUUGAUGUGGGCGGGCUACGCACAGAACGUGUCCACGACGCCAGCGACAAGGGCAGGGCACAUCCUGGACGUGAGCACCGUUCUCGACGACAUCGGCGCGCUGUUCCGCAUUCCGGGCAUCAAAGCUUCCUUCCCCGGCGAUCCUCACCCUAACCCCAAGAAACCCGGUUCAGCAGCAGCGGCGACGGCGAAAGACACGUCCAAGUUCGCGGAAGCUGAAACGUACGCCAGCUUGUUGUCGACGGCCCGCCGCAUGCAACGAGCCAAGUACGCCCGCGGUAACGGCGGGCGGAACAAGAGCUGGCAGGUGAAACAGCAGGGUGGACAAGGAGAGCCGUUUUAUCGGGACGCGGAGGGGUUCGAGGCCGGCAUGCAGAUGUGGAUCGAGUCGGGACGAGCGGUGUUUUCGGAGAAAUGGGGACAUCGCGGGUAUAAUAUCGCGAGGAAGUGGGCGACUGGGAAAAAGACGGGAGAUGGAAAUGGAAAUGGGUUGAAGGAUGGCUGGAGAGUCGAAAGGGAUUGGGAUGCGGAGAAGGAGGGGGGCGGUGGGAUUGGUGGGGGUUGGUAG